UGUCUGUUAGAAGGGAUGGGGUCUCCCCAGGCCCACGCACAAGCUGCCCAGCCCAUCUGGGCUGCAGGGGUGGCACCGUGUAGCAUGGGCCAUGGUCUUCCAGGGAUUUCCCAACUCGCCCGGCAGCUGGCUGCUCCGGCAACCCUGGCUCCGGCCCCGGCCUCCACUGGUCAGCAGGCGACCUUUGCCCAGCUCACUGGGCCCUCAGUGCCCGCUGUCCUGGGGCAAUAUAAAAACUGGCCGGCAGCUUCUUGCUGGGCUUCUACUCAGUUCAUCCGGAGAAGCAGCGGCUCCAGGAACAGAGGUGCUGCCAUGCGUCCCUGGCUGCUCCUGGUUGCCGCCCUCCUGGCGCUCCUGGCCUCUGCCCGAGCAAUGGAGGCCAAGGACCCUAAGGACGCCUCCCUUCUCAGCGUCAUGCAGGAAUAUGUGCAGCACGCCACCAAGACGGCCCAUGACGCACUGAACAGUGUGCAGGAGUCCCAGAUGGCCCAGCAGGCCAGGGGCUGGGUGGACGCUGGCAUCAGCUCCCUGAAAGGCUACUUCAGCACAUUUGCGGACAAGUUCUCCGGGUUCUGGGACCUGAGCCCUGAGGCCAGUCCAACCCAGGCGUCUGAGGCUGCCUGACACCUCAACACCCGCAGUCCGCCUGCCCAUCCAUCCUGCUGCUGCCCUGGCUCCCGUGGGCUCCAGAGCUGCCUCCACGCGUGGCUUGAAGGGACAGUAACCUCAGUGUCCCCUCACCCCGCCCCAGACCUGGCUCACUUCCAGGCAUACUAACUCCCAAUAAAGCUGGACAAGAAGCCGCAGAGA